AUGGUUGUCGCCAUCACCAAUGGUGGCAGCCAAGUAGGGAAACAAUUGGCUCUCGAUCUUGCUUCUCGAGGAGCGUCUGUUGUCAUUCAAGAUGACAACAAAUAUGCCGCCGAUGCACUGGUGGACGAGAUCCGUCGUGGAUCCGGGUCUGCGACUGCAUGUUUGUGCCCUGCGAGGGACGGGCAGAGGGUUGUGGAGGAAGCGAUCAGCGCAUUCGGAGCUAUUCAUGUCCUACUCAACAACAUGAGAGUCGAUCCAUGUGCGAACAAGAAGUUUGCAGAGAUCUCGGACAAGGAAUGGGAUAUCUUCACGGAGGAACACAUCUACGGCACCUACAAGUCCUCAAGGGCAGCAUGGCCCUACUUCAAGAAGCAAAAUUUGGGACGAAUCAUCAACCUAGUACCAACCUCGGCGCUGUAUGGCCAUCCAGGCCAUGCUGUCUCUCCUGUGGUUGAGUUUGGCAUGAUUGGGUUCACCGAAACUCUGGCGAAGGAAGGCCGCAAAAACAACAUUCUUUGUAAUUUGAUCAUGGCACCGUCAACAUUUGCUCCGGAGGUUUUGAUGGGGACGGUGGCGCUCGCAGGCCUCCUGUCACAUCCGAGCUCGCAGACGAGCAAUGCACUUUUUGAGGCGAACAGAGAUUCUAUUUCUCGGUUGAAUUGGGAACGUUCAAAGCCACACGGUCUGAAAACUGACAGCAACCUGUCUGUUAGUGCUGUCCUUCAAGCCUGGCCAAAUGUAGGGGACUUCAACGAUUCGGACAGCCAUCCAGAUGGUCCAUGGGACGCGAUGGAGUUGCUUGAAAAGUCAAAGCAGUUGCCAGCCAAUACACAGGACCAGAAUACGGACUUCGAGGCCAAAGUAGCAGUCGUGACUGGAGCAGGAAACGGUCUAGGUCAACAGUACGCCUUGCUAUUAGCCAAGAUGGGUGCCAAGGUGGUGGUUAACGAUCUUGCUGAUCCCCAGAAGACCGUGAACAUGAUCAAGGCUGCAGGUGGGCAAGCCAUCGCUGACCGACACUCUGUGGAGGAGGGUGACAAGAUCAUCCAGACAGCACUGGACGCUUAUGGCGGCAUCCAUAUCCUCAUCAACAACGCGGGUAUCCUUCGAGACAAGUCCUUCCAAGCCAUGGCUGAUGACAUGUGGCGAAUUAUCCAGGCCGUCCACCUUCGCGGCACUUACAAGACUGCUCGUGCAGCAUGGCCACAUUUUGUCCGGCAAAAAUAUGGGCGGAUUGUCAACACCACCAGCGUGAGCGGCAUUUACGGCAACUUUGGCCAAAGCAACUACGCCACCGCGAAAUGUGGAACCAUCGGCUUGUCCUGCGUGUUGGCCAGAGAAGGACUUGAGCAUAACAUUCGCGUUAACACUAUCGGCCCGAGCGCUGGGACGCAACUAACACGAACGGUCAUGCCAGAGGAGAUGGUCCAGGCACUGAAGCCCGACUAUGUUGCGCCAUUCACUCUCGCGCUUCUCUCGGACCAGCUUCCUGGGGCAAGCACCAAUGGCCUCUACGAAAUCGGUUCUGGCUUCAUUGCCGUAGACAGGCUACGAAGGGCCGCCCUUGAGACCAUCCCUGGUCGGCCGACCAUCAGUGCCGAGUCACUGAAGACAUCGGUCGAAUGGAACAAGCUUAACUCAAUAGACAUAACAGCAAGUCAGACCCCGGGUAACGGUGCUUUGUUACCAGCGCCUUUGAAGGCUCAAGAAGAUGAGACGAUCAAGUACUCAUACAACACGAAAGAUGUCAUUCUCUACAAUCUCGGUGUUGGAGCUCAGGCAACAGAUAGCCGGUGGGUCUUCGAAGAAUCUAGAUCGUUUGAAGCUUUGCCGACCUUUGGUGUCAUUCCAUACUAUGACCCUUCAGUCGCGACCAUGUUGGCGGAUAUGCUUCCGAACUUUUCGAUGAAACGUGUCCUGCAUGGCGAACAAUACCUCGAGAUACGCAAAUUUCCGAUCCCCGUGAGCGGAAACUUGGUCACGUAUCCUGCCGUCAGCGAGAUAGUUGACAAGGGAAAGGCGGCAGUUGUCGUGACCACCUUCCGUACAGUAGACUCUUCGACCGGAGAGGAUGUCUUCUACAACGAACAGACAAUUUUUGUGCGCGGUAGUGGUGGGUUUGGUGGUUCGAGUACAAGUCGAGACCGUGGGCGGGCGACAGCACCCAACAAGGUUCCGUCACGAGCUCCUGAUGCCGUCAAGACCGAAAAGACGUCGGCGAGAGCGGCAGCACUCUACAGGCUCUCGGCGGAUCUCAAUCCAUUACACAUCGACCCGGAGACAGCGCAAGGGGGAGGCUUUGACAAACCCAUUCUGCACGGCUUGUGCUCUUUCGGUAUCUCAGCAAAGCACAUCUACACAACUUACGGCCCCUUCCGCAACAUCAAGGCACGUUUCUCCGGCGUGACGAUACCCGGGCAGACCUUGAAGACGUCCAUGUGGAAAGAAGGUCGUACUAUCAUCUUCACAACUUCGAUAGUCGAAACUGGACAAGUCGUACUGUCUGUGGCGGCGGUAGAGCUUCUGGGUGCAACAGCUCGUAUGUAA